AUGACCACAUCUGUCGAUGAAGGGCAAUUUUUGAACAUGCUUUUGAAGCUUAUCAAUGCCAAGAACACUAUGGAGAUUGGUGUUUACACUCGCCUAUUCUCUCUUGCCACUCGCCCUUGCUAUCCCCGAGGAUGGGAAGUUGGUGGAUUGAUUGGAUAUGACAACACCCUAUGGAAUGGAUCCGUGGUGGCACCACUCGAUGCACUAAUGAGGAAGUAUGUGAGAUACUACGGGACUUUAGCUCAACAAGGCACUUGCUCGCUGACCCCGGGAUUGAAAUUUAACUCGAGCUUGUUUGUGUCCAUGAUUCAAGCAAGACCUCCGGUCUCGAGUGGCGGAUGUGGAAAAGGUUGGAUCAAAAUACUUCCUUGUGCGAAUACAUCAACUGUGGAUAUAUACUAUUACUUCAUCGUAGAUAAAUGA